CAGAAAAUUCAGCAUAAGCUAUACAAAACCCUAGGCUAGGGUUUGUAUGACAAAAUCAUAUUAAUCCAUUUUCUCAUUUGUCUUCCUUCCUGCUCUUCAAAGUUCACUGCUUUCUCAGAGUCUCUCUCUACCGAUCCUAUGGCUCCAAAGAAAGAAAAGGCUCCGCCGCCGUCUUCCAAGCCCGCCAAAUCUGGCGGUGGAAAGCAGAAGAAGAAGAAGUGGAGCAAAGGAAAACAAAAGGAAAAGGUGAACAAUAUGGUGUUGUUUGAUAAGGCUACGUACGAUAAGCUUCUCGUUGAAGCCCCCAAGUUCAAGCUCGUUACUCCUUCCAUUCUAUCUGAUCGUCUCAGGGUCAAUGGAUCACUUGCAAGAAAGGCGAUAAAAGAGCUGAUGUCUAAAGGUUUGAUCAGGUUGGUUUCUACCCAUUCCAGCCAGCAGAUCUACACAAGAGCUACUAACACAUAAGAAGACUCUUGUCAGUUGCCAAUCAAAACCUUUCUAAAAUUGAGCUAGCAUGUUUUUUUACAUUGAAUCUUUCCUUGCAUUUCUUUUGAAUUCUGCAUCCUCUUAAUCUAUUCUAGGGUUAAUUUACAUUUCCCUAUAUUUUCUGAAGGUAUUAUUUAAUUAUGCUACCAACAAUCACAUUUAUUUUCAUCUUUUAUACUGAGUUUUUCUCUA